AUGGCCACAAACGGCGACCUACCCAGCGACGAUGAAUUCUCGCAACCCGGGAGUCCUCCCGGAGAGCACCUCGAUGAGACCGAGCAGGCAGAAGACACAAACCAACCCCUGAAGUCCUCCUUGAAGGCCAAUACUGGCUCAGCAGCCAUCCCAGAGCCCGCCGUGACGAGACCGCCACUACCAGAACAGCCCGACCCGAAAGAUCUCGAUAUUAGCUCGCUCACGCCCCUAACAGACUACAUCAUCGCUCGACAAGCAACGAUAAACAUCGGUACGAUCGGCCAUGUCGCUCACGGCAAGUCAACAGUCGUAAAAGCCAUUUCCGGCGUCCAGACUGUCCGAUUCAAGAACGAAUUGGAGCGAAACAUCACCAUCAAAUUGGGUUAUGCGAACGCGAAGAUCUACAAAUGUGACAGCCCGGAGUGCCCUAGACCUACGUGUUACCGCUCGUUCAAGUCAGAGAAAGAGGUUGACCCGCCUUGCGAACGCGAUGGCUGCACAGGCACAUAUCGCUUGCUUCGCCAUGUUUCCUUCGUCGACUGCCCCGGUCACGAUAUUCUCAUGAGCACCAUGCUGUCUGGCGCUGCGGUCAUGGACGCCGCCCUGCUCCUCAUCGCCGGCAACGAAACCUGCCCCCAACCCCAGACCUCUGAGCACUUAGCGGCCAUCGAGAUCAUGAAGCUGAACCACAUCAUCAUCCUCCAGAACAAAGUCGACUUGAUGAAAGAAGACAACGCCGCCACCCACCACGAAUCCAUCCUCAAAUUCAUCAAAGGCACCGUCGCCGACGGCAGCCUAUCAUUCCCAUCUCCGCCCAACUAA